AUGGCGUCGGAAGGCACGGAAAUGGAAUUUUGCAAGGAUCGGCAGAUCCAAGGGAUGGAAAGCAGAGCUGUCGGCUCCAGUGUCAAGUCCGAGGUGGCCAUUUUGGGUCUACUGCUUGUGUCGGGCGCAGCCGGCCUCGCCACCUCCAGCGCCGCCGUGACCGCCACAAUGUUUCUAGGAGGUCUAACUACUUGGCUGAUUUUUACGCUGCCCGACUAUGUACAAUCGCAAAAGCGCUCCUCCGCCGGCGCCGCCACCUCAACUAUCCCCGCCGCCGUACCCGCUAAGGGAGGUAGCGGCGACGCAACCGCCUCGCAGGCCCCGUCCUCUACGGCAGCGGCGGCGGCGGCCUCGUUGCCGUCUCCAGAUGCCGUACUGGCCCUAAUCAAGAAGCGACGUUCCAUAUUCCCCAAGGACUACGACGGGCUUCAAGUACCCCGGGAGGAACUGGAGAUGCUGCUGGAGGCCGCCAACUGGGCGCCCACUCACGGUCAAACGGAGCCCUGGAGGUUUGUUGUAUUGGAGGGCGAAUCUAAGCGUGAGAUGGAGGAUCUUACCAUGGAUCUGUGUCGUACAAGACUGCCCGAGGAGAAGGCGGUCAAGACGCUGGAGAAGCUGCAGAGGAAGCGAGACAGCACGUGGGGCAAGGUGGCUCGCGAGUCGCCCGAGAUGAAGGCGCUGCUGGGUCUUGAUCCCGCUGACCGGGUGAUGGGGUUUUUCACUGUGGGGCGAAUUGAGCGGGAGCGACUGGAGGGUUAUCGAGCCAGCCGGGGACCCUGGUUAGAUAAGGUCACUUGGAGGAGUUAG